AUGGGCCGGGGCGAUGAGAGUGACCGUAUUGUGAUCAACGUGGGUGGGACUAGGCAUCAGACGUACCGCAGCACCUUGCGCACCUUGCCGGGCACUCGGCUGGCCUGGAUCGCCGAGCCGGAUGCCCACAGUCACUUUGACUAUGACCCCCGCACAGACGAGUUCUUCUUUGACCGGCACCCGGGAGUCUUUGCUCAUAUCUUGAACUACUACCGCACAGGAAAGCUGCACUGUCCAGCAGAUGUAUGUGGACCUCUGUAUGAGGAGGAGUUGGCCUUCUGGGGCAUUGACGAAACGGAUGUGGAGCCCUGUUGUUGGAUGACCUAUCGGCAGCACCGGGAUGCUGAGGAGGCCCUUGACAGUUUUGGAGGGGCACCUCUGGAUUGCAGCGCUGAAGAUGGAGACGCCGAUGGCACCGGGGACUCGGGCGAUGGUGAGGAGGAGCUGGAGAUGACUAAACGCCUGGCACUUAGUGAUUCUCCAGAUGGAAGGCCUGGGGGAUUCUGGAAGAGGUGGCAGCCCCGUAUCUGGGCCCUUUUUGAGGAUCCCUAUUCCUCCAGAUAUGCAAGG